CCGAGCGCCGUCCCCGCCGGCCGCAGAGAUGGGGCAGCUGCGCUGGCUGCCGCUGCUCCUGCGUCUGCUUCUGCUGCGACCGCCCGGGGCCCGGCCCGCGGGCCCCAUUCGAGCCUUCGUGGUGCCCCACAGCCACAUGGACGUGGGCUGGGUCUACACGGUGCAGGAAAGCAUGCGGGCAUAUGCAGCCAACGUCUACACCUCCGUGCUGGAGGAGCUUUCCCGUGGGCGGCAGCGCCGGUUCAUCGCAGUGGAGCAGGAGUUUUUCCGCCUGUGGUGGGACUGCGUCGCCUCAGACCAGCAGAAACACCAGGUCCGCCAGCUCCUGGAAGAAGGACGCCUGGAGUUUGUCCUCGGAGGUCAGGUCAUGCAUGAUGAAGCUGUGACCCACUUUGAUGACCAGAUCCUACAGCUCACAGAAGGACACGGGUUUCUCUAUGAAACAUUUGGGAUCCGGCCACAGUUCUCCUGGCACGUCGACCCGUUUGGUGCGUCUGCCACAACCCCCACCCUCUUUGCGCUGGCAGGCUUCAAUGCCCACCUCAUCUCGCGGAUCGACUACAACCUGAAGGAGGCCAGGCAGGUGGCCCGGGAGCUGCAGUUCGUGUGGCAGGGGUCCCCGUCCCUGUCUGCGCAGCAGCAGAUCUUCACGCACAUCAUGGACCAGUACAGCUACUGCACCCCGUCCCAUGUACCCUUCUCCAACAGGUCAGGGUUCUACUGGAAUGGCGUGGCCGUCUUCCCAGAGCCACCUGCAGAUGGGGUGUACCCCAACAUGAGUGAGCCCGUCACCCCAGCCAACAUCGGCCUCUAUGCCGAAACCCUGGUGGCGAACGUGAAGCAGCGGGCAGCCUGGUUCCGGACCCCCCACGUGCUCUGGCCCUGGGGGUGUGACAAGCAGUUCUUCAACGCUUCGGUGCAAUUCGCCAACAUGGACCCGCUGCUGGACCACAUCAACAGCCGCGCUGCCGAGCUCGGCGUCUCCGUACAGUAUGCCACACUCAGCGACUACUUCCGCGCCCUGCACGCUCUCAAUGUCACCUGGCGCAUCCAAGACCACCACGACUUCCUGCCCUAUUCCACAGAACCAUUCCAGGCCUGGACGGGCUUCUACACGUCCCGCAGUGCACUCAAAGGGCUGGCACGGCAAGCCAGUGCCUUGUUAUAUGCCGGGGAGUCCAUGUUCACGCGCUACAUGUGGCCAGCCCCUCGGGGGUCUCUGGACCCAGCCUGGGCCCUGCAGCAGCUCCGGCAGCUCCGCUGGGCGGUCUCCGAGGUCCAGCACCACGACGCCAUCACCGGGACCGAGUCCCCCAAGGUGAGAGACAUGUACGAGGAGCACCUGACCUCGGGGAUGCUGGGGGUGCGCAAGCUCAUGGCCUCCAUUGUCCUGGACGGGCCCCAGCCCGGGGCAGGGCAGGCAGCCCCAGCGGCUGACCUGGGUACAGGGCCUGUAGGACACUUUGUCACAGCCUACAACCCGCUGGCCUGGACGGUCACCACCAUCAUCACCCUGACCAUUGGCUUCCCCGGAGUCAGCGUCACAGACGAGUUGGGCCACCCCAUGCCUGCACAGGUCCAGAACUCGACGGAGACCCCAUCAGCGUACGUCCUGCAUAUCCUGGCCACGAUCCCGGGCCUCAGUUACCGGCACUACAGCAUCAAGCCCACAGCAGGGGCCCAGGAGGGCACCCAGGAGGCGGCCGCCACCAUGACCAGCACCCUGCGAUUUGGCCGCAGGCUGAGGAGACAUGCCAGCCACGGGGGCAGGCGCCUGGUGCCCGUGGCAAACGACUGCUACACUGUGCUGCUUGACCAGGACACCAACAUGAUGCACAGCGUCCGGGAGAGGCAGAGCAACCGAACGGUGCGCAUGACCCAGGAGUUCCUGGAGUACCACGUCAAUGGCGAUCUGAAACAGGGCCCCAUUUCCGAUAACUACGUGUUCACACCCAAGGAUGCCGCAGCGCCCGCGUGGGAGGCCGUGGAAAUGGAGAUCAUGGCGGGAAAGCUGGUGACUGAGAUCCGGCAGUACUUCUACAGGAAUGUGACCACCCGGGAUUACACGUAUGCAGUCUACUCCCGGCUCGCCCACGUACCACAGGGCCAUGACGGGGAGCUGCUCUGCCAUCGGAUAGAGCAGCAGUACCAUGUGGGCCCCUUGGAGCUGAACCGAGAGGCUGUCCUGAGGACCAGCACUGAUCUGAACAGCCGGCAGGUCCUCUACUCGGACAACAACGGCUACCAGAUGCAGCGGAGGCCGUACCUGGCCUACGAGAACAACAGCAUUGCUCGGAAUUACUACCCCAUGGUUCAAUCAGCCUCCGUGGAGGAUGGCGGAAGCAGGCUUGUGCUGCUGUCGGAGCGGGCGCACGGCAUCUCCAGCCAGGGGAACGGCCAGGUGGAGGUCAUGCUCCAUCGGCGGCUGUGGAACAACUUCGACUGGGACCUGGGCUACAACCUCACGCUGAACGACACCUCAGCUGUCCACCCGGUACUCUGGCUUCUGCUGGGGCCCUGGUCGGCCACCACUGCUCUGCGCCAGAGGAGUGGGCUGGCACUGCAGCACAGGCCCGUGGUGCUGUUCGGAGAGCUGGCCGGGACUGCCCCAAACCGCUCAGGACCCCAGAAGCAAGAGGCCGUGACACUGCCCCCGAAUCUUCACCUGCAGAUCCUAAGCAUCGCAGGCUGGAACUACAGCUCAAACCACUCCGAGCACGUGCAGAGUCUUCAGAAAGGCCAUCGAGGGGAGGCCCAGGCUGACCUCCGCCGUGUCCUGCUGCGGCUCCACCACCUGUAUGAGGUGGGCGAGGACCCGGUCCUGUCUCAGCCGGUGACAGUGGAUCUGGAGGCAGUACUGCGGGGGCUGGGGCCCGUGGUGGCGGUGGAGGAGCGCUCGCUCACAGGGACCUGGGAUGUGAGCACACUGCACCGCUGGAGCUGGGGGACGGAGACUGGCCACGGCAGAGGCCACUCCACCUUUCCCUCGAGGUCGCCAGAAGGCCCCACCGUCACCGUCCACCCGAAGGAAAUCCGGACAUUCUUCGUUCACUUCCGACAGCAGUGAGCCCUCAGCAGAGGCUGCUGGCCCCAAGGCUGCCCCAGGGACUCUGGAACAGAACAGACCCAGGACGUGGAAGAGCAAUGCGGAGAGACCCAGGGUGGGGAGUAAACUGCUAAUCCGGCAGGCUAAUGGCAGGAAAUGAUCACAUUUGGGGCUUGCUUUCUUAUUUUUUUAAAUAAAAUGUACAUUUUAAGAUCCAGGUUCUUCCCCUCCUGCAUUCAAGCCAGCCCUUUCCUCUUCUCUCACAUAAAUGAUACUUUUCUCUCACAUAAGUGAUU